AUUUGACGCACGGGAGAGACUGGGAUCAGCUGAUGACGUCCUGACUCACACUUCCCGAACUCCUUGCGCUCGGGACCGAAACUCUCCGGGAAAUUCACGCAGAUUGUCGCUUCGUUUUAGACACUUUUCUGGACUUUACCCGCCGCUUCCUUUCGCUUGAUCCGUCUCUAAACAAACCGUAUGAGCGGAGGCUAAACCCGGUGGACGGCUGCGGCGCGACCCCUCUGCAGCUCCCAGGUCUCAGGUCAGAGGUCACAGAGAUGGCAGUGCCCUUGUGGAGUCGCUCUCUGGGAGUAGCUCCAGCUCUGGAGGUGAAACUGGGGGCUCUGGCUUUGCUCCUCUUCCUCACUCUGAUCUUCGGCGUCAGCCCCAUGUGCCUGGUCCGCUGCACCCACAACCCAGAGCUUCGGCGUCGCGUGCUCAGUCUCACUAGUUGUUUUGCUGGAGGAGUGUUCUUCGCCACAUGUCUCCUGGACCUGCUCCCAGACUAUCUGCAGGGCAUCCAGCAGGCCUUCAGCAACGCCGGCAUCACCUUGCAGUUCCCCCUCCCUGAGUUCAUUAUGGCCAUGGGCUUCUUCUUGGUGCUGAUCUUGGAGCAGAUCCUUUUGUCCUUCAAACCCUCUUCCUCCUCCUCCUCCUCCUCCUCUUCCUCUUCAGUUUAUGACGAGCGACGCCACCUUCUGGACUCAAACCACGUGCAAACGCCUGACUCCGCCCCUCCGCACAGAUCCAGCCAAUCAGAUGACUCCCACCACCACCACCACCACCACCAGCUGGACUUCACGUCGCAGUCCGCCCUCCGCGCCUUCAUCCUGGUCUUCUCCCUGUCUCUGCACUCGGUGUUUGAGGGCCUCGCCGUGGGUUUGGUGGAGGAGGAGAAGGAGGUGUUGGAGCUGUGUUUGGCUCUGGUCAUUCAUAAAAGCAUCAUAGCGGUCAGUCUGUGUUUUCGCUUGAUUCAGGGCAGGAUUCGGCGUUCAGUAACCGCUGGCUGCCUGCUGCUCUUCGCCUCCAUGACCCCUCUGGGCAUCGCUAUCGGGGUGGGGCUGACGGAGGAGACCAAGAGCUCUCCCCAGCAGCAGAUCAUCAGGAGCUCUCUGGAGGGGAUAGCGGCCGGGACCUUCAUCUACAUCACCUUUAUGGAGAUUCUGCCUCACGAGCUCCAGGGGGCGCCGAGGAGCAACAUGCCCAAAGUGUGUAUGCUCUUGCUGGGCUUCGCUCUGGUCACCGCUGUCCUCUUCAUCAAACUCUGAGAAAGAACACAACACGGCCCUGAUUGGACAUGUGAAGUCAUGGGCAGAUGAACACCAAAACAUGGAUAUUUUAUAAUGGACAUUGUACUGAAAAAGUAUAUGUGGUAACAUAAAGCCUGGGCCUUAAGGGGGAUUCAAGGAUUUCAGUUUAGGAUGCGCCGAUCAAGUUUAUUCAGUUCUGAGAUUUUGAUCCUAUAGCUUUAAGUAUCUACCAAUACCAACAGAUGCCAGGGACUGAAAACAGCAUUUAUUUCCAAAGAUAAAAUAAGACAAAAGUGUGUUAUGUAGCUGUUAUUUAUCCCUACACUAACUACAGAGGCACUUUGUGUGAAUACAUGUUCAAACACAACUGUUGUUUACGUUGUAUAUGUAGGAUAUAUAUGAUUAGCAGGAAGUGUCAGGAGCCCAGACACUUCCCAAACAACAGCCAAAUCAAUGUCUGUCGCUUUUAUUCAGAUAAUAUAACAAACACAAAUGUUUAUCACUUUAUUUGAAAUAAGAAUGAGAGCACAUCAAAUGGCCUCUACAGCAUCCAUCAUGUGUGUGUGUGUGUGUGUGUGUGUGUGUGUGCGCGCGCGCGCGUGUGUGUGUGUGUGUGUGUGUGCGUGCGUGUGUGUGCGCCAUAUAAAUGCAAUAAUUCAUUCAUUUCAAUAUAAUCUCAUUAGCAGAGGUGGGGACUUGCAAGUUGUGAUUUGGACUCAAGUCACUAUUUUUAGGACUUGAGACUAACUCUAAUCCAAUAAAAUAGACUAAGACUUAGGACUCGACUUGGAUUUGAGCCCUGUGACUUGAGAAGACUUUCUAUUCUGACCGUAAUAAUUCACACUAAGAUCUUGACAAGACACUUAAAAAGAAAAAUUUGCAUUUCUACAACUCUUACAUAAAUACUCAUAUAUAAAUAUACCAGUUUAGUUUAAAAUUCAUAUAAAUUGCAAACUUUGGUUGAAAUGACUUGAAGCUCAAAGCAGACGACUUGGACUUGACUUGGACUUAUGGGUCAGUGACUCGAGACUCGACUUGGACUUGCCUGUCUUUGACUUUGGACUUGACUUGAACUUCAGGUCAAAGAUUUGAGACUUGCAGAUUGUGACAGGCAGAUUGAAAUGUCAAUAUUUUAAUACUGAUAAGGUAUGGAAAAGUAUAGAUAUUCAUGCCAAAAUAAAAUGGAUGAUUACAUUUCUUAAAUUUAUAUGAAUCACUUUUGGAAAUACUUUUUUUAUUUUAUUUAUGUUUUAAACCUGUUCAAACCCGUUCAAACGUGUUCAUAAUGAGCUAAACGGUUUAUGUGAGGGCUUUUCUGUACUCACAACUGCACUCAUAUCUGAUAUUGUUUCAGGUUAUCAAUACUUUGACUGAAAUGAAUAAUUCUAGAACAGAUAACAUCUAGAGUGAUAGUAAGGGCAUCUGGUUUAAAUGAGCCAAUGUGAGACUAAAAUAUUUUGCAUGUAGUUUACAUUCGUGUUUAAGAUAAAUUAAACUUGACCCAGGUACACAGACUUCACAGAUCUUUUUAUGCACUUUGAAGAGUUUUAUGUUUUUGGUGUGUGUUUUAAGACAUCCAUAAAUGUUCACGCACUGGAAACAGUCACAUUCUUUUUUUGUCCAUUUAAAUCCAUGUUUCUGUUUUUUGUUUUGUGUUAUACUAAAGUGACUCUUGUGAGCUUUAAGUCAUGUUCUGAUGUUGUUACCUCAGGAACAGACCUGGAGUUGUGUGUUGUUUCAUUCACACAUGUUUGAGGAACUCUUUAUCUGUCUGUCUACAUCUCCAAAGCUCAAAAUGCUUUGUUACACCUUGUGAUGUCAUCGAGUGGUAGUUUUCAUCUUAAGAGCUCCUUUUAACUUUAGUUAGUAGAGAAUUGGCAAUUCCAGGUCUGAAAUGAUCUGAAUGAUUCUAGUGAAGGUGUGUGGAGUUUAAAAACACAGUGGAGUACUUUCUGUAUUACCGUAUGACAUCACAAGGUGCACCUGUUUUGGUUUGACAGAAGAACUCAGUGUAAAUGUGCAGAUUUGUGUGUUAAACAUGUGUGAGUGAAACAAAACACAACUUCAGGUCUGUGUGUGAUGAGGAAAUAACAUUAGAACAGAGAUCAGAAAAUUGCAUGAUAUGGGACAUUUAUCAUCUGUAAACAUGCACAUAUGAUUGACUUUAUUAAUUAUUUUGGAUUAUUUUCAAAUGAUGAAUGAAUGCCUUGUCUGUAAACCCACUGACGUGAUGCUUGUUUUCCUGUAUGGUUUUAGCACAGACCAACGAUUGGGAUCGGAAAUCAAACCUUAAACACUACAGUGUAUCACGGCUGUAAAAACGGUUACUAUUUUUGCACAAAAAAUCAUGUUGUAUUGAAUAAAACUUUGAACUUAAACAAAAA